AUGAGUAGCUCGACGCACCCAUUCGCGUGCGAUUUAAGUCUAAGCUUUCGCGAUAAGAUGGACGCGCAGAACGUGUUGCAGACUCUUGAAGUGGAUGAGGAGCUGCAACCAAAGGAUAUUUACCGUACAAUGAUCGUCACGGGGACUGAGCUUCAUGUCCACUUCGAGGCCACCGAAAUUCGUCUUUUACGCGCCGCUGUCUCUUCCUUUUACGACAUGAGCCUGUUGACUGCCAGAACGCUGUUGGAGUUUAAGGAGUUUGAGGAGUAUAACGACAAAGACGCGUUUUUUAACAAUAUUGCAUGCACUCAAAUUCUGAUGUUUCCACAUUUUAAAGUCAAGAAAUCGUUUUCCAGUAGCUAUGCCCGUGCAAUACAUUUUCGUCACAACGGCCCAUUUGACGGAUCCCAAGUGACCAUUAGAACAAACGAGUUUAACAAUUACGAACUUGGGAUCAUAUCAAUGUGCUCGUUUGCAAGUUCGUAG